AUGUCCACAAUACAGCCCGAACUUGAUUGGGUGCCUCCAAAUGAAGAGUCGGAAGAUGGCCCCGACAGCGCCGACGCAAUUGGGAUCAAAAUCUUGUGCUCGGUGCUCACAUUCCCCAACACCUUAUCCGCGAAAUUGCUCUCGAUCUCGGCCGGAAAAGGGUCCCGCGCCCCAAAAUCGCCAAUCAAGUCCUCCGCUGCAGCUCGAAUCUGCAGCGAACGACGUCGUACGGUUCUCAGGUUGAGGAAGCCUCGGGCCGCGCAGGAUGAGGUUCUAGAGAGAGAAAGUAGGGGAGAGAAAGUGAAGUGUGGCGAACAGGAAGCCAUGGAGAGAGCAGGAAGUUGCCGAAUGCGAGUGUGCUUGGUGGAUUAA